AUGCAACGGCUGCACUUCUACAACUCCUCUAGAUACUUUUACCGCACGCAAUUGCGAGCAUUGAUUGCGACUCCGAAGGCACGUUUGCGCGGGCAACCACCACACUACAAUAUGGCACUGAAUGCGGUAUCACAUGACGUUACCGUAUGUUCAAUCACUAUUAAUGCUUCCACCUCACUUGGCCAGAAAACCGAACCCAACACCAAAUCCGCCCUCGACCCCGCCAACACUGAUGCCACAGGCCAAAAUGCGCCGGGCCACGAUGGCGGCGAGAAGGGCGUAAGGAAGAAGGCCAAGACCGAGAAAGAGCUUGAAAAGGAGCGGAAGAAGGCAGAAAAGGAUGCCAGAUUCAAGGCGAAAAAGGCAGCGCAAGCUGCAGUAGGCGACGACAAGGCCUCUGGCAAGGGUAGUGAGAAGAAAGAGAAAAAGAAGAAGGCCGACGAGGAGCAGCUCCGUGAAUACGUUGAGGAAACCAAGAAAGGCGAGAAAAAGAUCCUUACCCCGCUAGACGACAGCCCCUUCACCAAGGCAUACGUCCCCAAGGUCGUCGAGUCUGCUUGGAACGACUGGUGGGAUAAAGAAGGCUUCUACAAACCCGAGUACAAUGUUGAGCAUCGCAGCGAACUCGCCAAGAAGAAGGGCAGCUUCACAAUACCCAUUCCCCCGCCCAAUGUCACUGGAAAACUUCACUGUGGCCACGCCCUCGCCACUGCGCUCCAGGACGUCCUUAUCCGAUGGCAUCGUAUGCAAGGCUAUCAGACCCUUUACCUCCCUGGUUGCGAUCAUGCCGGUAUCUCCACCCAAUCCGUUGUAGAGAAUAUGCUUUGGCGCCGUCAGAAGAAGACCCGACAUGAUCUUGGUCGACCGAAAUUCUUGGAGACAGUCAUGGAGUGGAAGAACGAUCAUCACGACUGGAUUGUCUCUGUGUUGAAGCGCAUGGGCGGAUCGUUCGACUGGACGAGGGAGGCCUUUACCAUGGAUGAGAAUCUGUCGGUCGCUGUCACAGAGACCUUCGUUCGGUUACAUGAGGAAGGACUUAUCUAUCGGUCGAACCGGUUGGUUAAUUGGUGUACGCAGUUGAACACUGCCUUGUCAAAUCUUGAAGUCGACAACAAGGAAAUUCCCGGCCGCACUCUACUCGAUGUUCCUGGCUAUGAGCGCAAGGUCGAGUUCGGUAUUCUCACAUCUUUCAAAUACCCCAUUGACGGCAAGGACGGGGAGUACAUCACCGUGGCAACAACCCGACCGGAAACGAUGCUCGGUGAUACUGCGAUCGCUGUCCACCCCAAUGAUGAUCGAUACAAGCAUCUCAUCGAGACUGGCGCUAAGGCGAAACAUCCCUUCCUAGACAGGCUUCUACCUAUCAUCGCCGACAACUAUGUUGACCCAGCAUUUGGUACUGGUGCCCUCAAGAUUACACCUGCUCACGACCCUAACGAUUUCGCCAUCGGACAACGCCACAACCUCGAGUUUAUCAAUAUUCUAACGGAUGAUGGUUACCUAAAUCACAAUGCCGGUCCCUUUCAAGGCCAAAAGCGCUUCGAUGCACGAUACUCUGUUGUUGGCAAACUGACUGAACUGGGGCUCUUCGUUAAGAAAGAAGAUAACGCGAUGAAAGUUCCUCUGUGCAAUAAGUCUAAGGACGUUAUCGAACCCCUCCAGAAGCCUCAAUGGUGGAUGAGAAUGAAGGAGCUGAGCAAGCCCGCCAUUCAAGUUGUCAAGGACGGCGAGAUCAAAAUACGGCCGGAAACCUCUGAGCGCGUAUACUACCACUGGAUGGAAAACAUCAAUGACUGGUGCCUAUCUAGACAACUAUGGUGGGGUCAUCAAAUCCCAGCUUACUUUGUCAAGAUCGAGGGCGGGGACAACGAUUCUUCCGACAACGAACUUUGGGUUUCCGGACGUACUUUAGAAGAGGCUACAAAGAAGGCUGAAGAUAAGUUUAAAGGGAAAAAAUUCACCCUGGAGCGGGAUGAGGAUGUUCUUGACACUUGGUUCAGCUCAGGGCUGUGGCCUUUCAGUACUCUCGGGUGGCCAAAGGAAACGACUGAUUUGAAAGAACUUUUCCCUACCUCCGUUCUAGAGACUGGCUGGGAUAUUUUACCCUUCUGGGUUGCCCGGAUGAUCUUUCUUAGCUUGAAGUUAACAGGCAAGAUCCCGUUUAAGGAAGUGUACUGUCACUCCUUGAUCCGUGAUUCUGAAGGCCGCAAGAUGAGCAAGUCUCUUGGCAACGUUGUUGAUCCCAUCGAUAUCAUGACAGGUAUCAGCCUUCAGGAACUGAAGGAUAAGCUGCGCAUUGGCAACCUCGAUCCCAAAGAGCUUAAGACUGCCGAAAAGUAUCAGAACACUGCGUUCCCGCAGGGAAUUCCCGAGUGUGGCGCCGACGCGCUGCGCAUGGCUCUCUGCGGAUACACCACUGGAGGUGGGGAUAUUUCGUUUGAUGUCAGCGUCAUCCACGGCUAUCGCAGAUUCUGCAACAAAAUCUACCAAGCGACCAAAUACGUCCUCGGGAGGUUAGGCGAAUUCACACCGAGUAGCACGGUUCAAAAGACGGGCAAAGAGACCUUGCCUGAGCGGUGGAUAUUGCACAAAUUAGCAACAGCAUCGAAAGAGAUCAACGAGCAUCUGACGGCGAGGGAUUUUUCUUUAGCCACUUAUGUUGGCUACAAGUACUUCUUGAACAACCUCUGCGAUGUCUUCAUUGAGAACUCGAAAGCGAUCCUAGAAGACGGCAGCGUUGAACAGAAGGAGGGCACAAAACAAACUCUCUACACUGCACUCGAAGGUGGUCUCCUCUUACUCCACCCUUUCAUGCCCUUCUUAACCGAGGAGCUCUUCCAGCGCAUUCCUCGCCGUCAAGACGACAAGACCCCGUCCAUCACCGUCGCCAACUUCCCGGAAUUCGCCACCCUCAAGGCCUUCCACGAUCAAGGGGCCGAGAAGGAGUACGAGUUGCUCGUCAGUGUCUCAAAAGGCCUCCGCUCUCUCAUGGCCGAGUACGCUAUCAAAGACUCGGCACAAUCCUUCAUACACGCACUAGACGACACCACCCAUUCCAUCCUCCAAGCACCGACCUCCCGCCACUCGAUCCUCUCCCUCAGCGGCAAGGCCAUCAGCUCACUCAUUCUCCUCGCCCCCUCCUCCCCCUCACCCACCGGCUCCGCCGUCUACACCGUCGGCACAUCAGCAACUGUGUACCUCGACGUCAAGGGCCGAAUUGACAUCGACAAGGAGAUCGCGAAAGCGAAGGUCCGACUCAAGAAGGCGAACGAAACGGUCGAGAAGCAGCGCAGGAUCAUGGACGAGAGUUGGGAAGCGAAGGUCAGCGAGGCUGUCAAAGAGAUGGAGCAGGCGAAGUUGCGCGCGGCGGAGCUUGAGGGCGGCAAUUUCGAGAAGAGUAUUGCGCAGUUUGAGAAGUUGAAGAUUACCGUAAUCGGGGGUAGUAGUCCUAGGUUUUCUCAUCUUCGCAACGUUGUAGGGGUUAAGGUUUUUGAGCGAAUUUCUUCACUUUUAAUGGUGUGUGACUAUACUUUGAAGAUAGCUAUCGAGCAGGAUAGGGGUAGAGCGAGAGUAAUCCUUAGGGUCGGAAACAGAGCUACAGAGGCUGAAGAGCGUGGACGGAUUAUACCCGAUGUCACGCCAUUAGCCACUCAGGGUGGGCUACAGUUUGCCCCUUUGUUACUGUUUACAGUUUUAAGGUGUCGCCAAGCCGGAAUCGGUAUGUCGGCGUCUGUCUUCCGAAUGUCAAACCUGACUUUGCAACUGACCGACGCGGUGCUCCGUAUGAACAUUGUCGGCGGCACGGGAGAUUUGUUCGUCUAUAUCGCUAUUCUUCCUUUGUUAUUGCUAAAUUUUCCUCAUCCAAGCUUCCGAAAAGGAAGGCUCAUACCUGCUCGUGUUAUUCAGUUUAAGACUAUCUUCUUUAACUCUCUGGAUGAUCUCCAUUCAGUUCUUAACAUGGUUAGCAUGACUUCUCUAGACUCAGAACAACAUAACCAAGGACGACCUUAUUUCUUGCUAGAGGAGAAGAAUUGGCAGGCAUACUGGAAAGGAAAGCUAUUUUUAAAGCCUCCAGCCUUUGUCUGGUCUGCGAAGGCAUGGGGCUCCUAG